AUGAAUUCGACACUGGUCACAUAUUUAUCUGAAGGUGAAAAUUUGGUAGCAAGAGCAGUUGGAAAUUCCGGUGAUUUCUGGAUUGGUUUAAAGAAAACAGAUGGUGAAUGGCAGUGGGAUGAUGGAUAUCCUCUAAUAUAUCAAAACUGGUUGAAUGAUAAUGUAACAAAUCUUAAGCGAAAGAAACUUGACUGCGUCCAGGACAAGUUUUAUAAGAUUUGGGUUGAUAGACCAUGCUCAGAGAAAGCUUCCUUUAUCUGCCAGUAUGAAGCGCAGUUUACCUGUCCUGAAGGAUGGAGGGAAUAUAAUGGAGAUUGCUAUAUUUUUGAACGUACUGCUAUAGCUCUGCCAGAAGCAGAAAAAUAUUGUGCACUUAAUGGGGCAGAAGUAACAGAUGUAGUUUCGAAAGAAGAACGAUUGUUUUUAAAAGAAGUAUCUGAGCAGAAUCCUCAUUGGGUGCAGUUCAGGACGCAGGGCGGUAAUCAGAAAAAUGCAAAGCGGUUGGACAAUAGAAGAUCAGAAAAUGAUUCUUUGACUGAAAAUAACAGGGAAAUCAAACACGUAAUAGCUACCUCAGAAGGUUGGAAAAUUCCACAUAAAUAUACGCUUACUGCAGCAGUGAUUUGUAAAUACAAAAGUGGUCAUCUGCCUUCUGGUGAGACACAACUCUAG